GUCAUACAGUUUAAAUACAGUGACGCCAACGCUUAGAAAAAAUGUUUACAUGUUCGUAAAAAAAUAUUACAUAUUAAAAUUAUUACGAGAAAUUAAAAGCCUAACAUAAAAAUGAGUGAAAAGCUAAAAGAACUUCGAGAGCGAUCUCAAAAAAGGAAAAAGUUAUUGGCACAAACGCUCGGUGUAUCUAGCGUGAGUGAGUUAAGGCAUGCUUUGGGUGCGACGUUGGAUGUUCCGGCGAAAAAACCGGCUCUAGCUGACACUGGAACUGAUGGCAGUGAGAAGGCUCCUAAAGAACCGGACGGGCUUGUUUAUACUGAUUCUUCUACGUUUCUCAAGGGCACCCAGUCAUCAAACCCUCACAAUGACUACUGCCAGCAUUUUGUAGACACAGGUCAACGGCCACAGAACUUUAUUCGGGACGUAGGGCUGGCAGACCGCUUCGAGGAGUAUCCCAAACUCAGGGAGCUGAUUAAGUUGAAAGAUGACCUCAUUGCGCAAACUGCCACUCCACCAAUGUAUCUCAAAUGUGAUUUGAAGACAUUUGACCUGAAGCAGAUGGGUAACAAGUUCGACGUCAUCCUGGUGGAGCCGCCGCUGGGCGCCGGCUGGCGCUGGCAGGAUGUGCUGGCGCUGGAGCUGCAGCAGCUGGCGCAGGCACGCUGCUUCGUGCUGCUCUGGUGCGGCAGCUCGGAGGGAUUGGACAUGGGCCGGGAAUGCCUAAAGAAGUGGGGAUUCCGUCGCUGUGAAGACAUAUGCUGGAUAAAGACUAACAUAAAAAACCCCGGGCACUCGAAGAAUCUUGAACACAAUGCAGUAUUCCAGAGAACAAAGGAGCAUUGCCUAAUGGGUAUCAAGGGCACAGUGAGGAGAUCUGUCGAUGGUGACUUCAUCCAUGCGAAUGUUGAUAUAGAUCUGAUAAUUUCGGAGGACCCAGAGUUUGGAAGCACAGAGAAACCGAUUGAGAUCUUUCAUAUCAUGGAACAUUUUUGUUUGGGAAGGAGAAGAAUUCACCUGUUCGGUCGCGAUUCGACUAUCCGUCCGGGAUGGGUGACCAUUGGGCACGAACUAACAAACUCCAACUUCAACGCUGAACUCUACGCGUCUUAUUUCACGGAGGGCCGGGAGAGCACAGGAUGUACGGACCGAAUUGAGGCCUUGAGGCCGAAAAGCCCUCCGAAUACCAGCAAAGGAGCGAGGCCAAGAGGCCGCGGUGGGUUUAGGGGAAGAGGUAGAGGUAGAGGUGCUCUUUAAUUGUUUUGUUGCAAGCCGCAUAGCUUCUUUUCGGAUGUUUUAUUGCUAACACUGGUAUCAGAUUUUAUUGAAGUCGCCCAAAGGCAUCUGACAUUAAUUUAACAAUACCUACCGCCAUCUAGUGACAAUUAGUCGCAUACUUAACGUCAACCUGUGUGCAGGUUUUUCCUCACGAUGUUCUCCAAUAGGUGUUUCUCAGAGCGUCUCAAUCGCUGCGGCUGCGCUGUCAUUACAAUUUUGCAAAUUUUAACAAUGUUAAGAAUUAGUUUUUCUAUCUGAAUUUAAAAUAAUUAAUACUGCCUAUGAAAAUGUAAUCGCGACAUCGACUAUUUUUAUGGCAAACAGCAAUCAUUAAGCAGACCACUUUCGCUAUUCUCUAACCAAUUGUCAGCUAUUGUGUCUUGUUUUAUAAUAAUAAGAAUUAUUUUCAUCUGAGCCUAAAUAGGUAUGUGAAAAGUAAAUAUUUUUUCCUUUGAAAAUUUUACAUAAUUGUAAACUCAUCUUCAUACUGUAAAUAUAUCAUACAAAAUUAAUCAAAACUUGUGUAAAGGCAAAAGUAUAUUUUUGACAGAUGUAUGUUAUUCGUCUUUAUAACUAUACUAUAGGCCUAUUUUUAUCGACAAAUGCCAGAUUCUGCCAGGACAGUAGAGUAAUAUCACAGUUUAAUGGAUCCUACAGCUUUUCAACGGCCUUGCUAGCAAAACAGCCUCAAUCGGUGACAAUGACGACCUCGGUGGCGCAGUGGUGCUUGCCACUGAACCGAGAGGUUCCGGGUUAGAUCCCCUGUCGGGUCAUGAUGGAAAAUGAUCUUUUUCUGAUUGGCCCGGAUGUUUAUCUAUAUAUGUAUUUAUUAUAAAAUAUAGUAUCGUUGAGUUAGAAACCCAUAACACAAGUCUCGAACUUACUUUGGGGCUAGCUCAAUCUGUGUGAUUUGUCCUAAUAUAUUUAUUUUUUAAAAAUGGAGCCAGGGUUGUCACAAAUUACGAAAUACAUGUGUUGCAUUAAUUAAUUUUAUUUUCCAAACUCCUGAUUUAGCUCCCAACGCGUCCAAUUCACGUUGCGGUCCCCCCCCCCUCCCCCCACCUCUCAGCCCCCCGACUGCGCUGCGUGAGGCGUUCCAUAUUCAACUGUAGUAGAUCGGCCAAUUGUGUUAUACAUUUGAUUCUGUAUGAAUGAGUAGAACCUAAAGUAACUUUGUGACUGCUAAGUCACAAAGUUAAGGCGUUUUAAACUUAUUUCCAAAAUCUGGCAUUUAUCGACGAUUCCUAUUUAAUGUGCAAUUAGUGAUCUACGUUACACUGUGUUGAUGAAACAACUACAUUGAGUAGAAAAUGAGGGCGCUAGCAACACUUGGGUAUUUAUCAACCAAUCUUGACCAUUCAAGUAUAGCAAUGGCAAAAAAAUAUAUAGUUCGUUAAAAAUCUGUUAUCUACUCCUUGUAGACAUAAUUUAAUACACACUCGAUACUUUUUAUUUUGAUGAAAUUAAUACUAUUAUUUAUGCAAAUGAAAGUUUAUAACAAUGUAUGUUUUAUCACUUUUCCACGAAUUGGAUGGAUAUCGAUAAUAUUCAGUGUAUGGGUAGAGUGAAACCUGGGAAAAAAAGAGUAAUUUUCAUCCAAGCAGCGGAACACCCAGGGCACAACGAAACAAAUGUAAGAUAAAGAUCCUUGAGUUUCCAUUGUGGUUGAUUAGACUAUUUUAUUGCAAGUACCUAGUUUAAGAACUGAAAAUGUAAUGUUGAGUAUUUUCUGACGUCUGUAUUGCUAUGAAUACAUGUUUUUAUAUUGA